AUGCUUGGUCUUGCUGUUGGUGGGUUUUCUUCGGUCUCAACUAACGGGCGUACGGGGCUUGUAACAUUCUGUAUUCUGCUGCUGGCAUGGGUUGUUGGAUUUAUUAUACGUCUUUUCUCAGUUAUACGUUUUGAAAGUGUCAUCCAUGAGUUUGAUCCUUGGUUUAAUUACCGAGCCACCAAGCAGAUGGUCGAAAAUAGUUUCGAGAACUUUUACAAUUGGUUUGACAGCACUGCGUGGUACCCACUUGGGAGGAUUGUUGGAGGCACUGUCUAUCCUGGUUUAAUGGUUACUUCAGGUUUUAUUCACUACAUGUGUCACCUUUUGAGUUUUCCGGUUCACAUUCGUGAAGUUUGUGUUUUCCUCGCCCCUGUAUUCAGUGGCAUGACUGCUAUUGCGACUUAUUUUUUCACGAAGGAAAUAUGGAAUGAAGGAGCGGGUUUGUUUGCUGCUUGCUUCAUCGCCAUCGCUCCCGGAUAUAUAAGUCGUUCAACCGCCGGCAGUUAUGAUAAUGAGGGAAUCGCAAUUUUCGCACUAAUGUUUACGUACUACUUGUGGAUUAAAGCUGUCAAAACAGGAAAAGUUCUUUGGGCCGCGUUAUGUGCUAUUGCAUAUUUUUACAUGGUAUCUGCUUGGGGCGGUUAUGUGUUCAUUAUAAACCUCAUUCCAUUGCACAUUUUUGUACUACUAAUCAUGCAGAGAUAUAGCGCGAAACUGUACGUGGCUUACACAACCUUCUUCAUCUUGGGUUUAAUAAUGUCGAUGCAAAUACCAUUUGUUGGUUUUCAACCACUACGCACUAGUGAACAUAUGGCAUCAAUAGGAGUGUUCGCACUUCUUCAAAUUGUUGCUUUUUUCAAAUAUCUACAAACCCGUGUUCCCUCUGAUACGCUGAAGCAAUUAUUUACGUUUGGUGCCAUUUUUUCUGCUGGAGUUAUAUUUGUUAUUGUAGUUGGGCUAACAUAUGCUGGUGUUAUUGCACCAUGGAGUGGCAGGUUUUAUUCUCUAUGGGAUACUGGUUAUGCUAAGAUACAUAUUCCAAUUAUAACAUCCGUUUCUGAGCAUCAACCAACUUCAUGGGCAUCUUUCUUUUUUGAUCUUCAUGUAUUAGUUGCUACAUUUCCAGCUGGUGUUAGACUUUGCUUUAACAAUUUAAAUGAUGAACGUGUUUUUGUUAUUCUCUAUGCAAUAUUUGCAUCAUAUUUUGCUGGUGUUAUGGUUCGUCUUAUGCUUACAUUAACACCAAUUGUAUGUGUGUUUUCUGCUAUUGCAUUUUCACGUGUCUUUGAAUUAUUCUUAAAUGAACAAGAUAAUGAAAUUAAUGUUGCGACAAAUCAAUCUAAUAAUGAACAGAAUUCUGUUGAUAAACGUUUGUAUGAUAAACCGAACAAGGCAAAUAAAAAGGUGAACUAUCCUAGUCAAGACACGCCAACAAGUACCACCAUUGGUAGUCAGUCAAAGGAACAAUCAUCAGGAAACAAUGGGAGUAAUAUGCGUGCAGUCGCCUACGUUUUGAUUAUAUUCAUUCUAUAUCUGUUUGUUUCACAUUGUGUUUGGGUGUCAUCUAAUGCUUAUUCAAGCCCGUCUAUUGUGUUGGCUUCAUAUGGUAAAGAUGGAUCUCGAUAUAUCCUGGAUGAUUUCCGUGAGGCUUAUUUCUGGUUAUGGCAAAAUACAAAAGAAAAUGCUCGAGUUAUGUCAUGGUGGGAUUAUGGAUAUCAAAUAGCAGGAAUGGGUAACCGCACUACUCUAGUUGAUAAUAACACAUGGAAUAAUAGUCAUAUCGCAUUAGUUGGUAAAGCUAUGGCAUCAAAUGAAUCAGAAGCCUAUAAAACUAUUCAAAGUUUAGAUGUGGAUUACGUACUGGUCAUAUUCGGUGGUUACAUUGGUUACAGUGGUGAUGAUAUUAAUAAAUUCUUAUGGAUGGUGCGUAUUGGUGGCGGUGAACAUCCUAAUGAAAUUCGUGAAAGAGACUUUCUAACUUCAACAGGUGAUUAUCGUAUAGAUAAAAGUGCUUCUGAGACGAUGCUUAAUUGUUUAAUGUAUAAAUUAAGCUAUUAUCGGUUUGGUGAAGUUCGUUUAGAUAUGCGAACACCACUUGGAUUUGAUCGUACUAGAGGAUCUGAAAUUGGUCGUAAAACUUUUGAAUUAGAUUACUUAGAGGAAGCUUUUACAUCGAAACAUUGGCUUGUAAGAAUUUAUCGUGUACUACCUCCUGAAAAUCUACCACAUCUAUCGCGUACACGUCGUCGGAUUCACCAUCGAGCUUCAGGGAAAUCUCUAAAGGUUCAUCCAAACAUUUCACUUAACAUAUUUCCUGGUUAUACUACAUCUAAUUAA